AUGUCAUAUGAACGUGUUUCAGCAAUAUCUCUGUUAUUAAUCUCAAUAUUUGGUUGUUGCGGAAAUGCAUUAACAAUAAUUGUUGUUAAUCAACAUUUUUUCCGACGUACGACUUCAGCCGCAUUCAUUACCGCACUUUCAUUUGCUGAUUUUACUGUUUUACUUCUACAAAGUUAUCAAAUCUUAGCAAAAUUUCGUUUGAAAACAGCUACUAGUUUUGAUUGCCUAAUUAUCUAUUUCACAGACGUAUUUCGUCUGCUGUCUGUUUGGAUGAUUGGUAUAAUGAAUAUUGAACGAUUAACUCUUAUUUUUAAUAUACCUCAUCUACCACGAUUACGCAGUGUUAUUAAAGCUCGUAUUUUUGUUUGUUUUUUAUUUUGUUUGUCGCUUCUAGUUUUUAUCCACUACGCAUUUUUUAUGGAAACACAUUAUAAGUACAAGUCUGAACCGCAAAUAUUAGACGUAUCCUCAACAGUAACCUUACUUAAUAAUACGAAUGUCACAAACCAAUCUGUUGCUACUUACAAUGAUUCUAAAACGACGUCGUUGAUGAGUAAAAAGUUACGUACUGGAUCGGUUUGUUAUUUUAAAUCAGAAUUUAAAUCGUUAAUUUGGGGAUAUAUCAAAAAUUCUAUUACUUAUUGGACAGUAACACCAAUUGUGAUUAUUUGUAAUUGUAUAAUCGUUUAUCGAUUACAAGAAGCAUCUCGUAUAGAAAAAUCCAUUAAACCACGUGAAUUUCAAUUCGCUACAACACUUUCGACAAAACAAAAGAUAAUGACUGCAAUGCUCAUGUCCAGUUCAGCGUUAUUUCUCAUAACAAGUACACCAGCAACCGUUCAUUUAAUCUACAUGUUAGCAACCAAGAAUCGUUCGAACACUCAAUAUAUUAUUCACAUCACUACAAAUAUUCUACUACAUUUACAUCAUGCGUCUAAUUUUCUCGUCUAUUUAUCCACUUGCCAACGUUUUCGAACAGAAAUAAUAAAAUUAUGUAAUACUUAUUCUAGAUGUCAUACUAAAAGAAAUGGCCGACAUAAAUCAACGUAUUCAGCAAAACCUGAAACUGUUGUGCGUCUAUUAUCCCCUGUUAAAACACGUAGAAACAAUUACAAUCGUGGUCUUGUGACAAAAAAACGUAUCGUAGUUUAUAAUGUACCUUCACAUCUACGUUAA